AAUGCCUCAGUUAACUCUCUUUACUUUGCUGUUGGGUUUUCAGUGGUGGUUCCAGUGGUUCUUAUUUGUAGAUUUAUUGUUGCUCAAAUAGUUUUAGUUGUGUACCUCAUCUUCAAAUAUAGAACAAGAAGGAAGAAGGUUGAUACUGUUGAGAAAUUUCUGCACAAUCAGCAAUCCUGGAGGCCAAAAAGGUACACUUACCCAGAGCUCAUGGCCGUGACAAACAAUUUUAAAGAAAAACUAGGCCAAGGUGGCUUUGGAUCAAUUUACAAAGGAAUACUUCAUAGUGGUUCUUUAAUUGCCGUUAAAGUUCUAGAAAAUUCCAAGUUUAGUACAGAAGAAUUCAUCAAUGAAGUCUCUACAAUUGGUAGAAUUCACCAUAUCAAUGUGGUACAUUUAGUUGGAUUCUGUUCAGAAGGAUCUAAACAUGCUCUUGUGUACGAGUAUAUGCCAAAUGGAUCUCUUGAUAAACAUAUAUUUUCCAAGGCAGGCAGAUCUCUAUCAUUUAGUUGGGACAAACUAUAUGAAAUUGCUCUUGCAACUGCUCGUGGGAUUGAGUAUCUGCAUAAGGGACAUGAUGUGUGCAUUCUUCAUUUUGACAUUAAGCCACACAACAUCUUGCUGGACCAAAAUUUCAUCCCAAAAGUCUCUGAUUUUGGACUUGCAAAAUUUUAUCCAAAGGAAAAUGAUUUUGUGACUGUUAGUGCUACAAGAGGAACAAUAGGAUACAUAGCUCCUGAAUUGAUUUCAAGGAAUUUUGGAACAGUUUCUAGCAAGUCAGAUGUUUAUAGCUUUGGAAUGCUACUGUUGGAAAUGGUUGGAGGUAGAAGAAAUUCUGAUAUGAAGGCAGCUGGCUCAGGCAAAGCAUACUUCCCCUCAUGGGUAUAUGACCAAAUAGAUACUGGAGGAGAUUUAGAGCUCCAAGAGCAUGAAGUCGUGAUUGCAAAAAAACUUUGUCUGAUUGGUUUAUGGUGCAUACAAGUGAAGCCUUCAGAUCGUCCCUCAAUUACAAAAGUUAUUGAAAUGUUAGAAGGGAGCAUUGACAACUUGCAAUUGCCUGCUAAGCCUCUCUUUUCUUCUUCAGAGGAUGUCUCUAUAAGAAUGAUUCAAUCAGACUAUUCAACCGGGUGGCUAUUAUCUAAAUCAAUGGAAGAGUAUUCAUACAACAGUACUGAUUCAUAA